AUGCAUGUAUGGGCGGAGGUCCGGGAAGGGCCUGUCAAUUUGUUCCACAAGGAAGGGCUUCAGAGCAAAGCGAUAAUCUUUCAUUACGAGUACAAAAGCCACAAAGAAUUGUUGAAGAAAGGCUUGCGCGGACGCGCAGACAUGAGAAUGAGCAUGGAUCAGCGGAAAGCCAGAAUGAGGGAGGAUGUGAACAUAGACACCUGUUGUCCUCAUCCUGAACAUCGAGCCUGGGAGAAGCUCAAGAAGUAUCUACCCCACUAUCAGAUAUACGACAGACCCGUACAAGUGCAGGUGAACUUGCGGGCAGUCUAA